GGUGCAGGUGGAGGAUCGCGCGCCUCCAGGUGCGGCCGCCGCUGCUGCUGCUCCGUCGGCUCGGCCGUCCCCACCAUGGAGCGCGAUCGGGGCCCGCGGGGCUCGGCGGUGGACCUGGGCUUCGGGGCGCUCAGCACCGCGCAGCUCCGCGCCCUCAUGCGGGACGAGACGUGGCUGGAGCGCAUCGUCAAGCUGAGCAGGAAGUUCCAGAACUUGCAGCUGGAACGGGAGAGGCGCCUGGCCUCCAACUACGCCUUGGCCAAGCAGAACCUGGCACUGCAACCACGGCUGGAGAACGGCAAGGCCUCCCUGGCCAUCAAGUAUCAGGAGCUGAGGGAACUGCGGGAGACAUGCCGGGACAAGCAGCAGCGUCUGGGGGCCUGUAUGGCCAAGUGGACCCCCGAGAAUGCAGUGAGCAGGCUGCAAGCUGAGCUGGAUGGCGUGGAGGCCAAGGUGGAGGAGCAGAUGGAGCAGUUUCUCUGCUGGGACCUCCCCGUGGAGACCUUUGUGGAGUCUUUCCAGCACGCCCGAAUGCUCUCCCACCUGCGCCGCACCCAGCUGGAGAAGCUGCAGAGUGCCCUCAAACUGGAGAAACUGGAGAAGGCCAAGGACAAGCCCAGCCCCGGCAGUGAGGAGCCGCCCGCCGUCUCCCCCGCCCUCCCAGUGCCAGCGCCGCCUCCGCCACCGCCUUCGGCCCAAGCCCCUCCUCCAGCGCCAAACGGGCCGCCCCCCAAGGUCUUCCAGCUGCGCUUGGCGCCAGCGUUCCUCAUCCCCUCAGAGGCUGUGCUCCCCAUCCCGGUGGGGACCGGCCCCCAAAAGUGCUGCCUGCCGGCCCUGGCCACCUCGCACCCUGCCGCUCCCUUCGUGAGCUCGCCCUUGAGCCUGAUUGGACACAUCCACCUGGCGCAGGCCCACCUGCCUCCCCAGCAGAAGAAGAAGGAGCCGCCACACCGGUAGCCGACCGCAGCUGACGGACCGUUUUUACCGGAGCCUCCGUCGCGAGACGAGACGGGCCAGGGUCCGGGGCGCGGCGCCGCCAGAACCCCCCCGACCUGCCGACCGCUCUGCCUGCCCAGACUUGCCCGGAGCUGGGGCGUUGGGGUGGGGCAGGACUAUGGCAGCUACAGGGGGGUGUCCUAUAUGAUUUAGACGCUCGGCGCUGUCUCUGUCUCCCAUCUCUUGGGGCUGCCUGGCCGGCUGGGGCUAUCAAACGUUAUUGUAAGUAUAGGUGCCGGAGGGCCGGGGAGGGGGGCUGCCCUCCCCCAUCAUUUAGAAAUAAGGGAAAGUCUAUAUUUAGCUCCACCCCUCUCCUUUUUUGUGGGGGGGACCCUAUGACCAUUCUGCACCCAUUCGACGCCAGAAAGAGCAUAGGAGCCAACUCUCAGGGGCCGAGGUCCCUUCGUCGUCGUCGUCCCCAUAAAAUAUUUGAGGGGGCCCCCCAAAGUUGAUAGGCAUUGCCAUUUAAAUGGUGUGCGUGUGCCGCGUCUUGUGAUCGAUUAUGCGGGGCGGGGUUUACCUGAGCCCCCCGAUAUUUUAUUCCAUUUGGCACCCCUGAGAGAGAGAGAGGCUUGCAGGCUGCCCCCCAUCCUGCUUUGAGGCGGCUGACUCUGGGUGGGAACGCCUGUUCUCCAGACCCAGCCCACAAACUGAACUUCCCCUAUAUAGCACAAGUGUCUCCAUUUUGGAAGCCAGAGGGAAAGACCAAGAAAAGGGGUAGAGUAGAGCACAUUUGGGAUGGGGGUGUGGGGUGAAGGGAGUUGGGCACAGGCAGAUAUUCUGUUGGCGGGGUGUGUUGUUUUUUUGAGCCAGAAGCUGAAUUCUCCUUCUCCCCCUCGCCUCCUCAACAAUUUGUAUGUUGGGAGUGAGGUGGGGGGGUGGCUUCUGAGGUAGAACUGGGAGGGCUACUUUGGGGGGUUGGGGGGCAAGGGCUGAGGUUGCGAAGCACAGGGUAGGACAUGAAGCCCAAAGUUAGGCCACGGCUAGAGGAUGGGUUUGUGGAACCAGCACACACGGAUUCAACAGGGUAUGGGGUGUGGGGCUCAGCCAGGGUCUGGGGUGGGGGGGCGGGGUGGAAUUUGUCUUUCCGGAAGACGUAGGGCUGAGCGACACACACACACACACACACACACAAAACUGGGGCGGGGUGGGCCAGGUGAGGAUGUAUUUUUGAGCCGUUUUAACUUGAAUGUGCUUGCAAAAAUUUGAAUUGUCAGGAUCGGGGGGAGGCUGCAGCGAGAAGGAGGAUUGAACCGGAAAACUUAUUUGUGUUUUUUUUAAAAAAAUUAAUAAUCCAGAGAGUCUCAAGUGCUCCCUCAUGGAAGAGGUGGUUUCUGUGUCUCUGAAUGAGUCACUGGCCCGGUUUUCUUCUCUUAUUCAGCCUCCUCAGGAGCUGGUACAAGUGAGUCAUUCAGUCAUUGCUGAGGGAACUAGAAAGCAGUAUUCUGACCUGCCAGCAGAUGAGGCUGCCUGCCGCUUCUCUGCAUGAGCAAUUUGUAUGAAGUGUCUUGAAAAAGUUUUUUAAAAGAGCGAAACAAAUCUUGAAAUUUGGGUUCCACUGUCAAAAGGUCCUCACCUUUUGUUGAUGGGCGGUGAGAUUUCAGCUCUUGCAGAUGGGGCAUGCCCUGUCGUCUGGAGACAGACAGCUGGGAUGGGUAAGGAUGAGUGCAGCUAUCGCUCCUCU